AUGGAUGCAGUGGGUGUGGACAGAGACAGAGACAGAGUUGGUAUAAAUCAAAAUGUGAUUAUUAUUUUGAAAAUUUUGCAGUUAGUUCUUGAAGUGAAGGAGAAGCUUGAAAAUGAAUACCAUAGUCUUCCUGUUGGUAGAAAUGGUAGAGAUGAUGAAGAUAUGAUAUUAUGGUUUCUAAAAGAUCGAAAAUUUGACGUUGAAGAAGCUGCUUCUAAGUUAUCUAAAGCCAUUAAAUGGCGUCAAGAUUUCGAGGUGUCUAAUUUGACUGAAGAAUCUGUUAAAGUUAUUGCUCAAACUGGAAAAGCAUAUAUACAUGAUUUUCUAGAUAUCAAUGACAGACCUGUGCUUGUGGUGGUUGCAGCAAAGCAUUUUCCUAAAGCACAGGACCCUGCGGACGAUGAGAGGUUAUGCGUUUUCUUGAUUGAGAAGGCAUUGAGUAAGCUUCCAACUGGGAAAGAAGAGAUACUUGGAAUAUUUGAUCUCAGAGGUUUUGGUGCAGAAAAUGCUGAUUUUAAGUACUUGACAUUCUUGUUUGAGGUGUUCUAUUAUUACUAUCCGAAGCGAUUGUCUCAAGUAUUAUUUGUGGAUGCUCCUUUUAUGUUUAAGCAAUUUUGGCGGCUUGUCAAGCCGUUGUUGAAGUCACAUGCUUCUCAGGUGAGAUUUUGCUCUGCAGAGACUGUUAGGAAGGAAUACUUUACAGAAGAAACUUUGCCACCAAACUUGAGAGGUUGAAAGUUAUUUGUGGAAGAUAUGAAAAGUUGUGGUAACAAAAGAAUCUAAGAGGAAUUAUGGUGGAGAUAAGGGAAU